CGGAGUGCAGUGACCUCGCUGUCUUUGUUUUCAAGAGAAGACAGAAAAAACUUUCAGCAAGCAUACAGCCGGUUAUCUCUAUAUAUUCGCGACAUCAUUUUCAGAUCUAAUAUCUACAGACGAGGUAACUCACGUCUGCACUUCGUAGGAAAAGCCUGCCCGGGCUGUCUGGCUCAUAUCCAUGGCUGUUAGAAGAGGCCACAUAAGAUACUUAAAGGUGUGUGAAGUCCAGGCUUCACAGAGUGACAGCAGGGAAUCUCAGCAUGGCUCUAAGGGGGCUUCCAACAUGAAGGAGGCUUAUGACAAUGGCUAUGAAGAGCACAUGUCCGACGAGGCCAAAGAUGCCAAGACUAACCUGAUCGUCAACUACCUCCCCCAGAGCAUGAGCCAGGACGAGCUCCGCAGUCUCUUCAGUAGCAUUGGAGACGUAGAGUCAGCCAAACUCAUCCGGGACAAAAUGGCAGGCCACAGCUUAGGUUACGGCUUUGUUAACUUUGUUAACCCUAGUGAUGCAGAGAGGGCUAUCAGUACCCUCAAUGGCCUGAGGCUACAGUCUAAAACUAUCAAGGUGUCGUAUGCGCGGCCGAGCUCUGACACUAUUAAAGAUGCUAAUCUCUACAUUAGCGGCAUACCCAGAACCAUGAGUCAGCAGGACCUGGAAGACAUGUUCACCCGCUAUGGACGCAUCAUCAACUCCAGGGUCCUGGUGGAUCAGGCCUCUGGUCUGUCCCGGGGAGUGGCGUUUAUCCGAUUCGACAAGAGGGCAGAGGCCGAGGAAGCCAUCAAAGAUUUGAAUGGCCAUAAACCACCUGGUACCACUGAGCCAAUCACAGUCAAAUUUGCUGCCAACCCCAACCAGACCAAGAACUCUCAGCUGCUGUCCCAACUGUACCACAACCAGUCCCGACGCUUUGGAGGACCCGUCCACCACCAGGCUCAGAGGUUCAGAUUCUCUCCUAUGAGUGUGGACCAUUCUGGGGGAAUGGGUAGCGUGUCAGGGAGCUCCACAGCAGGGUGGUGCAUCUUCAUCUACAAUCUGGGCCAGGAUGCAGACGAGGGAAUCCUCUGGCAGAUGUUCGGCCCCUUUGGUGCCGUCACCAACGUCAAGGUGAUCCGAGACUUCAACACCAACAAGUGUAAAGGCUUUGGCUUCGUUACCAUGACCAACUACGAGGAGGCAGCCAUGGCCAUUGCCAGCCUCAAUGGCUACCGGUUAGGAGAGAAAGUCCUGCAGGUCUCUUUCAAGACCAGCAAAGGACACAAGUAGAACCCAGGCUCCAGGAGGCGGGGUGGGGUCUGAGGGAAAUGGGCGGGGACAGAGAGGGAGGAGUGGCGAUUCAGUUGGACUGUGACUGUUUUUAUAUUUUCUGUUAACAUGUUAUAAUUUUUUUCUACUUACCGUGCCUGGCUUCCUUCAUGCUGUAUGCCAUCACCUCAUUCCUCAGCUGUCAUUGGUGGAGACAUCAGCCAGGCAUUCGUACCCAGGCAGUAGCAGAUGAAGCUGACAUCCUGUUUGACCAGUGUGGAUCAUCAGGGAGGGGCUGACCAGCAUCCAGGGUCAAAAUGGCUUCUUCCCUGUGUUUCUUAAAUCAGGCUGGUGUGUUGUGUUCUGACCGGCUGUUUGAAGCCAGGGUUGUACAGGAAUAUCAGGGCUCCAUCAGUGCUGCUGUCUGUGUCAGACCUUUCAUGUAUGCUGAUGAUAUCUGCUUAAAGAGCAACUAAACCCUGCACCACCUCUUGAUGAGCUGCAACCUUAUGGUGGAAAACUACCUGGAAGUGCUGUGCUAAGUGGUGUAAGUAAAAUGGUAAACACAGAAGGAAUGAUGGGCGUGUUAGAUUUAGCUGUGUUAAUGAGCCAGCAUUGACAACUGUUGACUGUCAGUGCUGGCUCAUUAACACAGCUAAAUCAAAAAGAUGAUGAUGAUGAUGGAUCACAUUUUAUAGCUUCAUCUUGACACCCAAAGUGCUUCACAGUGAAGGCGAGAAAGUGGACACUGAAAAGGACUCAUUAAUUUAACGUUUAUCCUGCUAUGCCAACAUCACAUGGUCCAGGAUCAGCCCAGCACUUUGUGGUGGUUCCUCACCUUUACGUGGUGGCUGGCUCACAGUUGGUACAGGGUUUAGCUGCUCCUCCUCACUCUUUCUUUGUCUGGGAAUGCGAAGUGAAGGGGGUCCUGUAAGUGGGUGGGGGUAUUUUUCCUUUUCUGUGGCUUAAACAUGUCGUGAUGGGUAUGUCCAGUGCCUGGUUUUCUUUGCUGUACAGCUCAUGGGGAUUCUUUUUAAAUGCGUCGUGAAAACAGUCAUGUUGAUGUUUGUGUUAAAAGUGGCUCUCAGUUUAUUCAGCAGCACAAGAAGAAGAAGAAACCAUGAAAUUAAAAUCCAAAUGUGUCCUCCUGUGUCCAUGAUGAUGACGUUUUCAGAGAGCAGUACUUCAUAGUGCAGCUGGAGCCACCGGCCCAGGACACCCCAGUCAAGUCAGAGGUUUCAGCACAGCUCCAGUCUGCCGGUCAUGACAACUUAAAAGCAGUGAUACUCAACCAGGUGUCAUGUAGACCUGUGUGUAAACUGGUUUUCCUUCCAACCCAACACGGAACCAGCUGAUUUUACUGGUUGACACACCUUCAGCCAGGCAGGAAUGUGAUCAGUGACACCAGAUAGUGUGGUGCUGUCUGGAAUGAAAACCUGCGUACACACGACUCCACAUUACACAAGAUUGAGUAUGACUGAGAUGGACGAGUCUGGUUUUGUUUCUUAUCAGCAGUAAACAAGAUGUCCUUCAAACGUUUGGGUUUUCUAGGCUGGUUUGGGGGGGGGGUAGAUGGGCGCAUGCGGGUGUCCCAGUGUUCAAAGAUCUGAACCACUUCCCUACCAUGGGAGUUUGGAGAAUUGAGGUGUGUUCUCAUGUAAAUGUUGUGGUGGAAGAUGCCAUGUGGGGGGAACUGUCUGUUUUGAUAGUCUGUCCGGUUGGUUCUGUUUCACAUGCACACUGGUGUAAAUAUUGCUGUUGCCCAGCCCACCAUAUGAGAAAGCAUCCUUGUAAAUCCCCCCCACCCCCACCCCACCCCUCCCCACUCUACCAAAUACUAAUAAACUGAUGUAU